UACUGUGUGUCAAUUUUAGGAAUGUUUUGGUGGAAGCAGAAAACGGCAGCACCUUGCAACCUCGCUCCCAAUGUGGGAUAAGUAGCUGGUUUUCUUGGCGACCUACUUCUGAUGGACUUCUGGAGGCUGCUGAAAAACAAAUUUUACGAUAUGUGAAGACGAAAAUGAAAUGCAAAUAUGUGCCAGUUGACAACCAAAAACAAGUCUGGACUCUUCACCUGAAUCCGGAUGAGCAGAAACGAGUCCCUUUGGUAUUAGUGCACGGAUUUGGAGCUGGUGCAGGUCUCUGGGCACUUAACCUAGACGAACUUGCAAAGCGCCAGUCUGUUUUUGCAAUUGAUGUAUUGGGUUUUGGAAGAAGCUCUAGGCCUGAUUUUUCAGGCGAUGCUGCCGAAGCGGAGCAACAAUUUGUUGAAUCGAUUGAGCAAUGGCGCAAAGAAGUUGGAAUUUCAAAGUUUAUUCUUCUGGGUCACAGUUUGGGUGGAUUUAUUGCCUGUUCUUAUGCACUCAGGUAUCCAGAGCAUGUCCGGCAUUUGAUACUGGCAGAUCCAUGGGGUAUGCAUGAAAAACCGCCACCAGGAGAAGAGCCUUUUCGAAUCCCUCGGUGGGCAAGGAUUGUUGCAGCAAUGCUGAGUCCUUUCAAUCCGUUAUCAGCUGUUAGAGCUGCUGGCCCUUAUGGACCACGUCUUGUUCAGAAAUUUCGACCAGACCUGAAAAGAAAGUUUCGACGAAUGUUUUCGGAGGAAGAUGAUGAAACGGUGUUGAAUUAUGUAUACCACUGUAAUGCGCAGAAUCCAAGCGGGGAAGCUGCAUUCAAAGCAAUGACGAUACCUUACGGAUAUGCCAAGUAUCCCAUGAUCCAUCGCAUCCAAGACAUCGAAGAUCACGUGAUGAUGACUAUCCUGUAUGGUUCUCGGUCAUGGGUGGACUCAACAACUGGGUAUAAGAUGAAGUAUUUGAGGUCAAAAUCUUACGUUGAUAUUCAAGUUAUACCGGGUGCAGGUCACCAUAUCUACUCCGACCAACCUGAAAGAUUUAACUGGACAGUUUCAAACAUUUGUGACCAGACAGCAAGAGAGGAUGGUCUGGAUGUAGAAGAAUUACAGCCACCGGAAUUUCCAGAAAUAGACGAAACCGAGGCUUUUUGGAACCCAAAAAAUAAUAAAAACGAAAGCACCGAUUGAAAACAUGUCUUCCAUUCGAAGCAGUGGUUUCAUAUCAAUAUAGCAUAAAUAAUUAUAGCAUCACGUGAUAUUUUCAACUGCUUGCAACGUGAUGAACAUCGCGUAUUUAUGUCAAAUAGAAUGCCUAUAUUCAAUGUUAAAUGUAUUUUAUGCUCAUUAUGUAAUCUUUGUACUCAUUAUUGUCAAAAUUAGAUUUACAUUGCUCUAUUUUGUGAAUUUGGUUGUCGUUCUCAAUCAAAGGCAGCAGAAAAAAAGACAGAAAUAUAACAUAUUGAUUUUUAUGUCUGAGCAUUUUUAUAAUUUUCCGCGGGGAAAUGAUUUGGAAAUAUUCUUCUCUAAUGUAUCGUAUGAAUUUAUUAUAUGAUUCACUUAUUUAAUUUAUUUUAUAAUUUUGUGUACUUUUGUCAGAAUUAUCAGAGGAACUGGGCGUAAAUUCCUUCUCUGAGAAUAUAUUCACUAUAAAAAGAAAUUUCGUGAUUUUUUAAAGAUAUAUAUGUGAUGACGUCA